AUGAUCCUAGUGAUUAUCGGUAUCCAACUGAUAUAUGGUACAUUAGCAAAUGAGCUUGAAGAUGAAUGCCUUUAUGGCGUAUGCCAACCUGCCGCCACGCAUAACUUCACGAUACAGCCUUUUGGAAGUGGUAAAUGCACCGGUGACGACGCUAUUAUAGAUUAUAUCUUAAAUGGCUACAACAAGCUGGAGUUACCGGGUGGUGGACAUGUACGAGUAUCUGUUGAGAUUUGGGUACAGGAAGUGUCCAAAAUUAUCGAAAUCACAUCUGAAUUUGAGUUGGACAUCUACGUGACAGAACGCUGGACCGAUCCAUCUCUUGCGUAUGCACAUUUGAAUCCUUGCAAGAGUAAUAUGUCAGUCGAUGGACGGACAAUUUUGGAAAAAAUAUGGAAUCCUCAUGCAUGCUUUGUGAACAGCAAACUGGCAAAUAUCCACUCAAGCCCUUUCAAAAAUAUCUUCCUUCAAAUCUACAGUAAUGGCAGUAUAUGGCACAACUACCGUAUCAAACUAACUGGACCGUGUUCAAACACACUGCGGACAUUUCCGAUAGAUCAACAAAGGUGUAUGCUGUUCUAUGAGAGCUUUACACAUAAUCAUGACCAGGUGGAAAUGGAAUGGAUUGAUACAGUACCUCCAAUCACAAUCAUGAAAGGAAAUAUCACAUUACCUGAUUAUGUUUUAGUGGAUUUCUCAGCUAGUAGUGAACUGAGAGUAAGUUCAAUAUUAAAUGCAAAAAUUAUUUUGCUUCAGGUUUACGUUCCUGCCUAUAUUUCUGUAUUCAUUUCUUGGGUUUCAUUUUACCUCGGUGCAGAGCAAAUACCUUCGCGAACAACAGUUGGGGUAAACUCUCUUCUUGCACUCACGUUUCAAUUUGGAUCGGUUGUGAACAAUCUACCGAAAACGAGCGAUGUCAAGGGUAAGUAAUG